ACCUCAGGGCCCAAGGCGGGCUUUACCCCAGGUGUACCUGAGGUGGGCAGGAGAGCGGGCAGGGGGCACUCCUGUGUCCACAGGUUGGCUCAGGUCCGGGGGUCUAUCAGUAGAGGUCCUAGGCUGGGGGCCAGCCCUGGCCCUGCUCACAGAGGCCUCACUGGGGACACCGGGCACCGGCCAUGGGGAGCUAAAAUUGGAAAGUGGCGAGUGGGAGGCAGCUGACAAAGCUAUUUCGCGGGCUCUUCACCGUGCUCCGGUUUCAGGCUUCUGCUCCAUUAACCCGAUCCUCAGGGCCUCCCUACCCCCACCCGGCCCAUGAGGAGGUGCCUCGGCCCUCAGAGCAGCAGUGCAGAAGUCAGGCCUGGCAGCCCCUUGGUAGGAGCAGGGGCAGCCAACAGUCUUCUCCAACCUAAGACCCCAUGGGGGCUCACUGAGAACACUCAAUUCUGUCCCAGGUCCAGUGUAUGCCCUUGACAGGUCCCUGCCCCUCUCUGGUCCAUGGCCCCUUCAUCUGUGUAAUGGGGAGAAUGCCAACUGUGGAGGCCUAAGAGAGCCGGUUUUAGAAUUUGUGAGAGAGAUUUGGGGGAUGAGGGGAAUCUGGGGCAGGAGACAGGGCCAUGCCAGCCACCUCUUGGCUUAUCUAGCCCAAGACGAUACCUGGACAUAUUCCUCCCUUUAAUUUGGGCCCUGAGUCUGUCACCCAUGGGGCCCUUGGGAAGGCCCCAGGUCAGGCUGGAGUAAUAUGUAGAGGGCAUAGGUACUAGCUGAGGUCCCAAAGAUGAUCCAGAAGAACUCUUGGGGAUGAGCUAAGCCCUGACAAGAGGGAGUGGCCAGGCUCACCUGAGCUCAAUACCGGUCAGCACCUUGGGCAGCGGCCAGCACACUCCCUGGUGUCUACCUGGCCCAGCCUGGCCCCACACCCAUUACCCCAGGGCACCUCUUCAAAUAGCACAGCCUCCAGCCAGCAUCCAGAGCCUGAAUACACAGAGCACUGAGAGAGUGGGUCGGUGUGGCCGCGGACACAGGCAGGAACCAGAGAUGUGGCAGGCCGGAGCUCAGGGGCUGGUUGGGGUAAUGGGGAUCAGUGAGAAGCAAGAGGCUGAAUGCGAAGGAUAGAGGCUUGGUGAUGGGUCAGGACCUAGGGAGGUCACAGGAAGUAAAGGCUGCUCAGAAGGGGUGUAGGAAUCAGAGAAGGGGGCCUGGAGAGGGUGAGGCUUUCUCAAGAGUUGAGGGAAACUUAUUGAGGGGAAUGGGGAUCCCAGGGCCCUCCUCAGUGAUUGAGGUGAUGCAGAGGGAGUUUCUCUUCAUGAACGUCAUCUGAGACCUUGGAGGAGCAGUUUGAGCAGAGGGUGGGGACCAGUCCACCUGAAAGCUCCAUCCAGGCUAUGGGCAUCAAGACAGCACUGCCUGCAGCGGAGGUGGGCCUGUACUCCCUGGUGCUGAGCGGGGCCCUAGCUUAUGCUGGCCGGGGCCUCCUUGAGGCUUCACAAGAUGGGGCCCACAGGAAGGCCUUCCGGGAGUCUGUGCGACCUGGCUGGGAGUACAUUGGCCGGAAGAUGGAUGUGGCUGACUUCGAGUGGGUGAUGUGGUUCACCUCCUUCCGCAAUGUCAUCGUCUUUGCCCUCUCCGGACACGUGCUGUUUGCUAAACUCUGCACGAUGGUUGCCCCCCAGCUCCGCUCCUGGAUGUAUGCUGUGUAUGGGGCCCUGGCCGUGGUGGGCACAAUGGGCCCGUGGUACCUGCUGCUGUUGCUGGGCCACUGUGUGGGCCUCUAUAUGGUCUCACUCUUGGGCCAGCCCUGGCUCUGUCUUGGCCUCGGCCUGGCCAGCCUUGCCUCAUUCAAACUGGACCCUCUAAUCUCCUGGCAGAGCGGGUUUGUAACAGGGACUUUUGAUCUUCAAGAGGUGCUGUUUCACGGGGGCAGUGGUUUCACGGUGCUGCGAUGUACCAGCUUUGCACUGGAAAGCUGUGCCCACCCUGACCGCCGUUACUCCCUAGCUGACCUGCUCAAGUACAAUUUCUACCUGCCUUUCUUCUUCUUUGGGCCCAUCAUGACCUUUGACCGCUUCCACGCCCAGGUGAGCCAGGUGGAGCCGGUGCGGCGCGAGGGCGAGUUGUGGCGCAUCCGGGCCCAGGCAGGCCUCAGCGUGGUGGCUAUCGUGGCCGUGGACAUCUUCUUCCACUUCUUCUACAUCCUCACCAUCCCCAGUGACCUCAAGUUCGCCAACCGCCUCCCAGACAGCGCCCUCGCUGGUCUAGCUUAUUCAAACCUGGUGUACGACUGGGUGAAGGCGGCCGUCCUCUUCGGCGUCGUCAACACCGUGGCGCGCCUCGACCACUUGGACCCACCCCAGCCUCCCAAGUGCAUCACAGCGCUCUACGUGUUCGCCGAGACGCACUUUGACCGUGGCAUCAACGACUGGCUUUGCAAGUACGUGUAUGACCACAUUGGUGGGGAGCACUCUUCGGUGAUCCCAGAGCUGGGGGCCACUGUGGCCACAUUUGCUAUCACCACUCUGUGGCUUGGGCCUUGUGAUAUUGUCUACCUGUGGUCAUGCCUUAACUGCUUUGGCCUCAACUUUGAGCUCUGGGUACAGAAGCUGGCAGAGUGGGGACCCCUAGCACACAUUGAGGCCUCUCUGUCGGAGCAGAUGUCCCGCAGGGUCCGAGCCAUCUUUGGAGCCAUGAACUUCUGGGCCAUCAUCAUGUACAACCUUGUAAGCCUGAACAGCCGUGAGUUCACAGAACUGGUCGCACAGCGCCUGCUACUCAGAGGUGAGGGACAGGGGAUACAGUAUGUACCAGGCGUCAGUGUGGAGGACUCUGACCUCCUGAAAUGUCCCUACUGCACCACAGUUCCCCAAGGACUCAUCAGGGAGAACCAGUCAAGUGGGGAGAGAACAGUCACUGGGUUGGGGGAUGGCGCUGCUCCCAGACACCAUGACUUCCGCCCCAUACAGGGUUCCCCCAGACCACGCUGGCUGUCCUGUUUGUCACCUACUGUGGUGUCCAACUGGUGAAGGAGCGAGAGCGAACCCUGGCGCUGGAGGAGGAGCAGAAGCAGGACAAAGAGAAGCCAGAGUAGAGGGGACAGGAAGAGGAACAGGCUCUGCUUAGCUGUUCCUGGGCCCAGGCCCAGCCCAGGCCAGAUGGGGCCUGACCGAUAGAAUAAAAGAUUUUUCUACCA